AUGAAGCUUGAAGUCAAGCAUGCAGGUAAUGGGCGCCUUGCAGGAAAGGGUCAGCAGCAUCCAGGUGAGACACGUCAAGCAAACGGGAAACCAGUAACAAAUGAGAGAAGUGAGGACUCUGUAAAGCAGGAGGCAAAUGGGAAAUGUAACGUGCCCAGAAAAAUCCUCAACAUGUAUAGCUGGCAGGAGAUCCAGAGACACAAUCGGGAGGCCGAUCAGUGGCUGGUGAUCAAUCGCAAGGUCUACGACGUUACCGGCUGGGCCAGGAGGCAUCCAGGUGGGCACCAGGUCCUCAGCCACUAUGCUGGCGAAGACGCCACGGAUGUUUUCAGAGCCAUGCACCUGAAGCUUGACAUUGUAAGAUUGUACCUUAAGCCACUGCUCAUCGGAGAGCUUGCCCCGGAAGAGCCCAGCCAGGAGAGAAACAAAAAUUCCCAGUUGGUGGAAGAUUUCCAAGAAUUGCGAAGAACAUUAGAGGCCAUGAACAUGUUCAAGGCCAACCGGGUGUUCUUCUUCCUUCACUUGGCCCAGAUCUUGAUUUUGGAGACCCUGGCUUGGCUAAUGGUGUGGCAUUUUGGCAAUGGCUGGCUUGUGACAAUAUUCAUUUCCUUCCUUCUCGUAAUUUCCCAGGGUCAGAGUUCAUUUCUGCAGCAUGACACGGGACACCUUUCCAUGUUUACGAAGUCCAAGUGGAACCACCUGAUGCAGAAAUUUCUGUUGAGUCAUCUCAAGGGCCUAUCAACAAAAUGGUGGAAUUACCAACACUUCCAACAUCAUGUAAAACCAAACAUCUACCCCAAAGACCCAGAUAUUAAUGUGGGCCCACUUUUCCUGGUUGGAGAUUUACAACCUGUCAAGUAUGGUAAGAAGAAAAUCAAAUACAUCGACUAUGAAAAGCAGCACCUGUAUUUCUACAUGGUUGGGAUCCCACUCCUCAUGCCUGUGUAUUUCAACGUGAAAUCCAUGCAACUGAUGUACUGCCAAAGGUAUUGGGAUGACAUUGCCUGGGUCAGCAGCUUUUACAUCCGCUAUUUCAUCACAUUAGGCCCUUUCUAUGGAAUCUUCGGAACCAUUUUGCUCAUAUAUGUGGUCAAGUUUCUUGAAAGUCCCUGGAUGACAUAUGUUACCCAAAUGAGCCAUAUACCAAUGAAAAUGAGCAGAGAGGAGCAUCGGGACUGGUUCAGCACCCAGGUCUUGGCCACCUGUAAUGUUGAACAGUCCUUUUUCAAUGACUGGUUCACUGGGCACCUGAACUUCCAAAUCGAGCACCAUCUCUUUCCCACAAUGCCACGCCAUAAUUAUCACAAGGUGGCACCCCUGGUGAGGUCACUGUGUGCCAAGCAUGGAUUGCCGUAUGUGAGUAAGCCCAUGUUGGAAGCAUUUGGAGAUAUUGUCAGGGCCUUGAAGAAAUCUGCAGCCCUCUGGAGGGAUGCUUAUUACAAAACAUGA